AUGGCAGUCCUUUCGACCCUCAAAGAGCUGGGGGAGUCCCUCAUCGGCCCUUAUUUAUUCAUGAGCAUAGCCAUGCGUUUCCUCCCUGGCACACUUUUCGAGACAAUUAGUAACAGAGACUUCCGAACAUUGUUCUCUCUUUCCCGCUUCAAAGAUGCUUGGUUCGGCAACUUCUGGGCUUUCAUAGGCCCGCAGGUGAAGUCCAGCGCUGAGAGCCGUGUCAUCCCAUUACUCGAAGGUCGGGUGAAGAACGGCCAUGUGGGAGAUGAGGUUGUUGGGGAGCCCAUUAACGGAGUUGUUCUCGAAAUUGGUGCGGGGACGGGAAUGUGGGCGGAUGUGUUUGCCAAAGUCAACGUCGGCGUGAACACCGAAGAAGCUGAAGGAGACCUGAGGCGAAGAAAAGGAGACAAUGGCUUGACUCGCGUAUAUGGUAUUGAGCCAAAUCCCAAGUCUGCGGCAACUCUGAGGCGGAGAGUGAAGGAGAUUGGACUCGAUGGUGUUUAUGAGGUUGUCCCAGUGGGCAUUGAAUCCAUUAACGAUCCAAAAGCUUGGGACGGCCGGAUUGAGCCCGAAAGUGUCGACUGCAUUGUCACCAUCCUGUGCCUCUGCAGUAUCCCUGAGCCUGAGAAGAACAUCAAACUCCUGUAUCAGAGUCUGAAGAAGGGCGGUCGAUGGUAUGCUUACGAACAUGUGCGCAUCUCUGAGAACAGGGGGUUCUUCCUGCGUGCCUAUCAAUGGGUUACUGGUCUCGUGUGGUCGCAAGUCAUGGGGUCGUGCCGCAUUUGCCGAUCUACAGGCAAGGCGUUAAGAGAAGCUGGGCCAUGGGAGAAGAUCGAUCUAGCCCAACCGGAUGGCGAGGCGAGAUUUGCGAUCCUUCCCCACGUUCUUGGAACAUUGACAAAGUAG